AUGUCUGCCUUCAUUUCUUCUACGUGUACGGGAUCUAGUAACCAAGUGUUACCUCUUACAAAUCAAGUAUUUCAGGAUGCUGGUACAUGGAAUGUAUUAGGUGUAAAGCAACAAAGUAAUAGAAGAGAUAAAAACUCUUUUCGUUCUAUUUCAAAUUUCGAGAAGGCAUGGCAAGAGAAUGAAACUGAUAGUUUUGAUAAUUGGAAUCAAUUUGUUCAACAACAAAAUGAAAUUAGAAAUGAAUGGUAUACAUUUGAACAAGUGAAAGAAGAGGAAGAAGAAUUUCGGCAAGAAUGGAGUGACGAAAGAUUUACUGAAAUGUAUAUUAAACAAAAUGGCAUGGACCAGUUGAAUAAUGAUAAAAAUUCUUUUUCUCAAGAAUUUUUAGAAAGUACAACAAAUUAUAAUUCAUCUUUUCAACAAUUUUCAAUUCAAGAAUAUUCCACAUUUACGACAAAUACGACAAAUACAACAUAUAUUACUCAACACAAUGAUUUACUUCAAGCUCAACUUUAUCUCAUUGAUCAUCUUCUAUUUAAAGUAAUAUCAUAUUCAUUAUUAUCAACCUGUAGACCUUCACCAAAAGCCGAAUGGGAUUGGACUAAACUAUUUUCUCCAUCGAGAUGGUGCGAAACAGAAGUUGGUGAAAAAGAUAAAAUAUUACAAGAUGAAUACCUAAAGAAUAUGGCGUUAGGGAGAUUACAAAUAUUAUUUGGACAUCUUGAUGUUAAACCUGAUAAUAAAACAAAUGUUAAAGAAAAUAAAACAAAUUGGGAAUGGGAAUGGGAACUUCAUGGGUCAUAA